UAUGGUGACGCUGCGACCCGGAUAGUGGGUCCGAGCGGGGAGUGAAUGCCUCUUGGUUUUCCUGUUCCUGUUCCCGGUGGUUGUAUCGUGGGAGGGGAGUGAGCUGGGCCCGGGUUUACAGCAGCGAGAGCCCGGGGGAGCCGGCGGGAAGAUGUCGGCCUCGGCCGUCUAUGUGCUGGACCUGAAGGGGAAGGUCCUGAUUUGUCGGAAUUAUCGGGGCGAUGUGGAAAUGUCGGAAAUUGAGCACUUUAUGUCUAUUCUGAUGGAGAAGGAGGAGGAAUGUUCCCUGACACCCAUCCUGUCACAUGGAGCAGUUCGAUUCAUGUGGAUCAAACACAACAAUCUAUAUCUUGUCGCAACCUCCAAGAAGAAUGCGUGUGUGUCUCUGGUGUUUGCUUUCCUAUAUAAGGUGGUUCAGGUAUUUUCUGAGUAUUUUAAGGAGCUGGAAGAAGAAAGUAUUCGAGACAACUUUGUUAUCAUCUAUGAGCUGCUUGAUGAGUUAAUGGACUUCGGUUACCCACAGACCACAGAUAGCAAGAUCUUGCAGGAGUACAUCACACAGGAAGGUCAUAAGCUGGACACUGGGGCUCCCCGCCCACCAGCAACAGUUACCAAUGCUGUGUCUUGGAGAUCGGAGGGGAUCAAGUAUCGGAAAAAUGAAGUAUUUCUUGAUGUUAUUGAAUCUGUCAAUCUAUUGGUUAGUGCUAAUGGAAAUGUGCUGCGUAGCGAAAUAGUGGGCUCCAUCAAAAUGAGAGUAUUUCUAUCAGGAAUGCCGGAGUUGAGACUUGGACUAAAUGACAAAGUAUUGUUUGAGAACACCGGCCGUGGGAAAAGCAAAUCUGUGGAGCUGGAAGAUGUAAAGUUUCACCAAUGUGUACGCCUCUCCCGAUUCGAGAACGACAGAACCAUUUCCUUUAUUCCACCAGAUGGAGAAUUUGAGUUGAUGUCCUACCGUUUAAACACACAUGUCAAGCCUCUGAUCUGGAUUGAGUCAGUGAUUGAAAAACACUCCCACAGUCGAAUAGAGUAUAUGAUUAAGGCAAAAAGUCAAUUCAAACGUAGAUCGACAGCCAACAAUGUUGAGAUUCACAUUCCAGUCCCAAACGAUGCAGAUUCACCCAAGUUUAAGACCACAGUGGGUAACGUAAAGUGGGUGCCAGAAAGCAGUGAAAUAGUGUGGUCAAUCAAGUCAUUUCCGGGUGGGAAGGAAUAUCUGAUGAGAGCGCACUUUGGGCUCCCUAGUGUAGAAGCAGAAGACAAGGAGGGAAAGCCACCUAUCAGCGUGAAGUUCGAAAUUCCCUAUUUUACCACAUCAGGAAUACAGGUUCGUUACUUGAAGAUUAUUGAGAAAAGUGGCUACCAAGCUUUGCCAUGGGUUCGUUAUAUUACUCAAAAUGGAGACUACCAACUACGAACACAAUGAAGGGAGACUGCGCCUGAAGAGUCAUUGGGAGGGGAGGAUCCAAUUCAGUGGAUUGUGUAAAAGUGUUGGGUAUAUUCAUCAUGUUUCAGAUCUCUGUCAUAGCAACGUCUUUCAUGAAGAAGAUUAAACAUUUCAACUGCGCUCAUCCAUGGAGCUGAAAGAA